UGAAUAAGUAAGACGAUCAAAGCAAUCCGGACAGCAGAAGUGCUGAGCCUGGGCUCAGGCAGUCCUUCAAGAGUGCAGCUAGAUCUGUGCUGGCUUUGCUUCCUGUAGGUCAGAGCGGUGAGCAGGGAAGCAGGACCAUGCGACUGACCUGGGCUCUGCUUCUUCUUAGCCUUCCAGGUUGUUUCUCCCUCCGAGGCCCAGCGUCUGUGAGGGGCUCAGAGGGGGGAUCGGUGACGGUGCAGUGUCACUACAGCUCAAGAUGGAAGACCUACAAUAAGUGGUGGUGUCGAGGAAGAAGGAGGCGCGUGUGCAGCGUCCUUGUUAAAACCAGAGGUUCAGAGCAAGAAGAGAAGAGUGGCCGGGUGUCCAUCAGGGACAAUCAGACAUACUGGUCAUUCAAGGUGACCAUGGAGGGGCUUAGGCAAGAUGAUGCGGGCACUUACUGGUGUGGGAUUGAGAGGUCUUUUACCGACCCUGGGGUACCCGUGAAACUCAUCAUCGACCCAGCAGGAAUGGUCAAUUUGACUUCCAAACCCCUUGAUGGACCUAGUGAUGAGAGUAGCUUUGGCGUGUCCUUUGGGUCCCAUUCAAGGACCCACUACCUACUCCUGGCGUUUGUGAAGGUGCCCAUCUUGCUCAUCGUGGCCGGUGCUGUCCUCUGGUUGAAGGGGUUGCAGAGGGUACCCCAGGAGUAGUGGGGGCACCCUACCUGUAAAAAUCUGAACUCUGAACUUCUGACCAAAGACAUGACUCCUUAGAAAGAUGGGUGUGCAGAGGCUUCCUGUUCCGGACCCUGUUUCUGGUGGGGACAAGGGCUGUGCAAGAAAUGCCCCAUGCCCUGAGGGCACAAGGACAGACUGGAUCGUGGGGAGCUGGCUACAAAUCCUCCCUGCUCUGCACAGCUCGCACAGCUCAGAGGCAUCAUCUUACUUCAGGUGGCAGACACCCCACGCCACCAGAGGCAGCUCAAGGCCAGGGGCCACAUCCUCUGCUGGGAAAAUGCAGGCAGAGCCUGAGACAGAAGCCCAGAUGAGAGACGGAAGGACCAGCCCACCACCCUCCCUGCUCCAAUGCCUGAAAUAGGACUUUUUUUGAAGUGGGAUUUUGAAAAAUCAUUUUUUCCAUAAUCUAAUCUGGUUGGGUUUUGAUGGCUUAUGGCCACGAGUCUCUGACUGAGGCAUGGUCCUCCUGCGGGCAGUUCUGAGGAAUGAGCUUGGGUGUCCCUGCCUCCAGGGAGGACGAGACUCAGUCUACAUUGCUGGAACAGCGGCUUCCUCCCACUCCUCCUCUUCUUCCCCAGCCCUGCCCUCUUCCCCUUUUUUCCUCCUCCCUUCCCCCCUUGGAGCUGACCUGAGCCUUUGUACCCAGCACAGCUGCUGGGGCUCCUGCUCAAAGACCCCACUGAGCCUUGAGAGCCCCUUCAAGUUGGGGAGGGGACAGACAAUGAAAAUUAUCCCAGGGCGAUGAUGCUGUUUCUUUUAAAUAAUGUUUUUUUAAAAAUUCAAUAGUUUAGAAGCGAUGUCUGUAAUGCCUUGCCAGCAGCAGCAGCAUUCCUGAAUGUGUCACUUGGGGCCAUGAGUCGGGGGCCUUCACUACACUUCUUUUCGUGUGAGGAGAAAUGGGCCCACUGAGAUGUGACCCCCACAGACGGGUGAGCACAAACCCACAUCUGAGCUCACAGGUUGGCUCUAAACCCACCCUGCCCUUUGUCAUGACCAUGAUGGGCAGCAAGGGUCCAGUGUCACAGCAGGGGACCAAGGCAGGGCUCUCCAGUCCCUGGCUUGGCCUCUGGAGCCUGUCCUCUCUACCGAGACUCUAUGAUCCCCUCUUGUCCUUCAGCCAAGGAAGUUUUCUCUGCACCUGAGAUUGGUGCAGGGCUCUGGCCUGUGAUCAGCUCAGGAGAGAGAGAAAGCCUGGAUAAGUCAAUCUGUUUGGGACCAGGACCCACUGUCCAUUGACUGCAGCUGCCUCCCCUAUGACCAGUCCCCUGGGUCUGGCUUCCUGGAGAUCUAGCGAUACAUGGGUGACAAGGCAGCUUUGUGGGGCGCAGCCAUUCAGGAGGGUGAGUGACCCCACCAUUGCUGACUAAUAACCAAGGGAUCCCUGUUUUCUUUGAAAGCAGUAAGCUGAGUUCUACUCCUAAGAUAGGCAGCUAAGUUAGGUACAAACAGAGAAGGACCGGGCCCUUGGGGAAGUCAGCAUGAAAAACAGAGAUGUCAGAGUUGUGACUGGGAGCCCCUCUGAACAGACCCAGACCUCAGGAUGGAGAUGCAAUAACCAGGUCUGCAAGAUAAACCAAACCUGAUAUUUACUGUAAUCGGCACCACCUGGUCCAAUGAAUCCAGAUUAGUAUUAGGCACGUGGGUGGGUGGCCAGAAUAUCUGGACCUAUAUUUCUCAUCCUUUGCAGACAUGCCUUUGUUCUCUCCAUGUACUCCAGCUAUGUGACCCAUUUCCCGGUUGGAUCAAUAUUAGCUAAGUGGCUGUCCAGUACUUGUAAUCCGAUAUGUUGACUGUAGUUUGAUUUCUGUUGAAUGCACUUUGUGACUUUGCUGAAUAAAUCAUCCCUGACAAAGGGCUUCAAGUGGC